AUGGCAAAAGAUAGUUUAAAAGCAACCACUGUUACUGAAAUGUCGAUCAACGAUCGCUACAAAAAGUGCGCGCUUCUGAAUACAAUACAACACAUUGACAUAAUGGGCAGGAAACGUUCAAAUUAUUUAGAAAAUAGGAGAUAUCUUAAUCCAGUAUCUAUAUCAUCUGUGUCCUGUUCUCCGAAUUUGUCUGAAUGUACUAUGAAAAAAGAUUUGGAGGGAAAACUGAGCAAAUUAUCAGUUACAACAAAAGUAUCAGAUAAAAUCAUGACAGUCUCAAAAACGGACACCAUCACAGAGCAACCUGUAAACGAAGAAGUUCAUUUCGAAAAGCUGGUUGCGCCUCAAGCAGCACCACGAAAAUAUGAAGUCGUUAAGUUUAACCUGAUGACCUUCGGUUACGGCCAUCUAGCGGCUUUGUACGGGUUAUACCUCUUGUGCACAGUUGCUACCUGGAAAACUAUUAUAUUUCAUUUUAUAAUAUUUAUUCUAUCUUCUGUCGGUAUAACGGCUGGAUCACAUCGUCUAUGGACGCAUAAGGCUUACAAGGCGAAACGGCCCUUGCAAAUUAUAUUAAUGAUCAUGACUACUUUCGCAUUUCAAAAUACUGUAGUCGAGUGGGUGCGGGACCAUCGAAUGCAUCACAGAUACAGCGACACGGACGCUGAUCCACAUAAUGCAACGCGGGGCUUCUUCUACUCCCACAUAGGCUGGCUGUUAGUGAGGAAACACGAGGAGGUGAAGAAGCGUGGAAAGUUUGUCGACAUGUCGGACAUUUAUGCAAAUCCUGUACUUAUGUUUCAGAGAAGAUACGCAAUUCCGUUCAUAGGAACUGUGUGCUUCUUACUCCCAACUGUCAUACCGAUGUACUUCUUCGGCGAAACAUUGAAAACAGCUUGGCAUAUUACUGUCUUACGUUAUAUUGUUAAUCUACAUGGUACAUUUUUAGUCAACAGUGCAGCCCAUUUAUACGGCACUAAACCCUACGACAAAACCAUAAAACCUGCGCAGAAUUCAUGGGUUUCGUUUAUAACUUUCGGUGAGGGUUUUCAUAAUUAUCACCAUGUCUUUCCAUGGGAUUACAAGACAGCGGAACUGGGUAACAACGCUCUGAAUUUGACAACUUUGUUCAUCGAUUUCUUCGCGUGGCUGGGAUGGGCUUACGACCUCAAGACAGCGUCUGAUGACAUGAUCAAGGCAAGGUCAGAGAGAAGAGGCGACGGAAAAAGCAGUUGGGGAUUUUAA